AUGUCAGAACUAGAAAACAUUAAACUUAAUUGUGAUAGUAAAGGGAUCAAAAAGAAAAUUCUUCAAGAUAAGUUUAGAAAAAAAGUUUAAUUUCUUCAACUAGUACUGUGUUAAAACUAGACAAUAAAAACAGCAGCAGCUUAAAGUUAAAUUAAGUUUGCCACAGCAAAGGUAGUCCUUAAGAAAUUCCGCCAUUAUGGAUUCUUAAAAAAUUCAGAUAAAGGUGUAAAUAUGAAAUAUAUUCUAGAUUAUGAGAAGUAAAUUGAUCUGCUCAGAUAAAUUGCAUGCAUAAAAUCUGAGAUCAAAUAGGAGAAAAUUUAAAAGCGUGAUCAGGAAUUUUAAGUUCUUAGCCAAAAGAUAAGAACAAUAUAACCACAAUCUGUUAACAAGGUAGUCGGAGGUGAAAUGAAUAUUUAAUCUCAAUUAAGAAUCUUCUAAGAAGAACUUCAAAAUCUUCAAAUAACUUAAUUGCAAUUGGUAAAAUCUGUCCUUUUAGAACAAAUAAAAUUGAUGGAAAAUCACGCUAUUUUUAUGAAUAGAAAUUCAAAUCCUUUUAUAUUUUAAUAUUGA